GACAUCAAGGACACCCUGGCCAGAUGUGAGGCGGCGGCGCUGGAAGAACCCGUCUCCGUCCCCAUCGAACUGGAAAAAAACUUCGGCAGCUUCCCCCGCCAAUAUUUCACCCUCCGGAAAAUCACCCGGCAGCUCAUCGGCGAAGUAACGCUGGAUCCCGACACGGCUCACCCCAACCUCGUUUUAUCUCAAGAUCUCAAAAGCGUCCGUUUCGUGGAAUCCCGACCUCCAACCCGUUUACCCGAUACCCCGCGUCGCUUUACCGUCUAUCCCUGCGUUCUGGCCGCUCAGGGUUUCACCUCCGGGCGACAUUACUGGGAAGUCGAAGUGGGAGAUAAAACCCAUUGGGCUCUGGGGGUCUGUAAAGAUUCCGUCAGUCGAAAAGGAGAAUUCACGACGUUACCGGAGACGGGCUAUUGGCGCGUUCGACUCUGGAACGGCGAUAAAUACGCCGCCACCACCACGCCCUUCACGCCUUUAACGUUACGGGUGAAACCCAAACGCGUCGGAAUUUUCUUAGAUUACGAAGCGGGGAAAGUGGCUUUUUAUAACGUCACCGAUCGAUCUCAUAUUUAUACGUUCACCGCUACUUUCACCGAAAAAAUUUGGCCUUUGUUUUAUCCCGGUAUCCGAGCCGGGAGAAAGAACGCGGCGCCGCUCGUUAUCCGCUCGCCCACCGAUUGGGAGUGA